AUGCUGGCCAUUGGCACCGCAAGAAUGCCCGCGCGCACCGCCGACGGCUCGCAGCCCGACCUCCAGCGCCUCUCCCACUCCAUGUACGCCUCGCCCACAGACGCCGUCGCCUGCCGCGCGCGCACCGCCGCCGACAUCGCCUACGCGGCCUACGGCGACCUCGUCAAGAUCGACAGCGCCCUGUGCAAGAAGCUGGCCUCGGAGGCCGCCCUGCGCAAGCCCGUCCAGCGCCGCGCCGACCAGAAGCUCAACAUUGAGCGCCGCAGCAACGUCGAGGCCCUGCUCGCCCACAUGACGGGCCAGCCCGCUGCCCACCCGUGCAAGAACUGCCGCAAGGGCCACGGCCCGUGGUCGCAGUGCAUCGUCUACGAGGGCCAGAUGUGCGGCAGCUGCACCAACUGCUGGUUCAACGCGAGCGGCUCCCGGUGCACGUUUCAUGAGAACAACCAUCCCAUGCCGCAAGCAUUGUACACCAAUUCUUCCGCCGCCGCCUCGGGAGCCACCAUCCUCGCCUCGCUCUCUCAGGGGCCCCCUCCUCCUCCUCCUCGUCCCCCUCAUCCCCCCGCGCCCACCAACCCCCGUAGUCUCUCCGUCGACCGGCUCAUCACCCAGACCAUCACCGACGUCGCCACCUUUUCCAAGAGGGAGCGCUUUCUCGCGCGCAUUGAAGCCGCUGCUAAGGAGCUCGGCAUGCGCAUUGCGGAAUACGAGGAGUACCUGGAGACCCCCGAGGGCGUCGCCGAGCAGAAUGCUGCCGUCGACAGGGAGCGAGCGCAGACUACCUAUUCUCAGGCUGCUGAGGUUUCCAUGGUGGAUGCUCCUUGGGAUGGGCGUCUGAAAUGA